AUGUUGACACCAGAGCAAUCAGCUCUCGCCGAGCAUGCGUUUCGCACAUUAGACCGUAAAGGCAAUGGUGUGGUUCCACUGGAGGAUAUCUGCCGUGUGUAUGAUGUCUCUAAACAUCCCCGUGUGAAGGAAGGUGUGAUGGCGCCCUCUGCUGCUCGUGAAAUGUUAAUUUAUCAAUUUAAUAACUGUGUAAAGGAACUAGGGGGUGUUACACUGGAUGUAUUCAUGCGCUUUCAUGAACGUAUGGCUAUGGAAGCGGAAGAAGAACGAACCGCCGAUAAAGAGAAGUUCUUAACAGAAGUCAUUGCUGGUGUUUGGCGUAUAGGUGAACUCCUGCAGCCAACCUGUAUUCGGCCAGUAAUUCCCAUUGAAGGAUUCCCAACCGGCAUUUAUUCCACACAACACAUGUCGCUUGUGUGGCCGGAUCCAGAUGCGGUGUCGGAUGGAUAUGUAUUGCGUGUUAUUCGCGAUGUCGUGUUGCCCAUCUUCUCACGUGGGGAUUUACCGCCGCAGUUGCGUGGUUUCUUUGCCUAUCCAUCGGAGUUGGCGGGAAUGCGGUUAAUAGAGGUCCCCACACAAAUUGCCCUCAAGCGUUGGUUGGACUUUGCGUGGGAGUAUGCGGAGGGAAAGUAUGCCGCGGUGGAGGGCAUUAUCUCCGCCCGCGUGGAUCUCGACAGUGUGCCGCCGUAUUUGCGGGAUCUCAUCAUUGAACACACGGCGGCGGUGCGGUUGCCGGCGGUGCGGUUUCUGCCCACCACAAAGGCAAUCAAUCCCAUGUAUAAAUGCAGUAGUCAGGAGUAUGGCUAUGGGGUGGAGGAGGAGGUGAAGCAUGUGCAGAAGUGGAAGGAGAGAACAUUUGAUGGAACGGCGUAUGGAUUGAUUUAUCACGGACAUGUAGGGAAGUUCACAAAGAAACACUAUGGUCGGGCACAAUCAAAUGCGGCCAGUGGUAUCAAUCUGUAA